AAAGAAAAAAGCGGAGCUACCCAUCUGAUAGUGCUUUAAGUGAGGUCUUGUGGUUGGAAGCAGUAGUGCGACGGACAGCGCGUUUGGUUUUCAUUAGAUCGUCUCGACACUGACCUUCUGCCCCGGCUACAGAAACGUGAAUCCAGCCCGCUGGCAGGCGUGCUGAGCGGAAGGGAGCCGUGCAGAGCUGAUGUGCAGUGUGCACUUUUCAUUACGCGGUCCGCAGGCUGGACUGCGCUCCCGCACAGAGUGACAGAAGCUACGCAAAGUUGCACGCAAUGGCCGACAAGUAGCACUGACGGGGAUUGAUGGUUGAACUUUCAUCGCAGAGAGGCUAUUUCUCCCCAAAGUGUGACACUGCUGCAACCAUGGUGAGCUGCUGGACUGCCGGAGGUUUACGCAGCGGUGACUGGUGUUCCGCUCCUCUGCUGGCCGCUGCGCUGCUCAGCCUUCUGUUCGCAGGGAUGCAUCUAACCACCGCGUUUCCCUCCUGGAGGUUAGAGGAAGAAGCUCACACCACCAUGUUGCUCAUCGGGAUCCGCAAAGAGGCCCGCUCACAAGUCCUCCACCUGUCCAGGAACAAGCGAUACACCCUGACUCCAGAGCAGCUCAAAUGGGACAAGUUCAAGCUAACUUAUAAGUUGCUGUCUUUUCCAACAAACCUGAUAAAUGCCAGCGACACACGUCGAGGCAUUGCCAGGGCUUUUGGCCUGUGGAGUGAUGUCUCCCCGUUCUCAUUCAGAGAGGUGCCAGCUGACGAGGAGGCAGACAUUAAGAUUGGAUUCUACCUGGUCAACCACACAGACUGCUGGCAGUCCUACCUGCACCAUUGUUUUGACGGCAUCACAGGAGAAUUGGCUCACGCAUUCUUCCCGCCAACGGGUGAGAUCCACUUUGAUGACCAUGAAUACUGGAUUCUGGGAGACAUGCGCUUCAGCUGGAAGAAAGGGGUUUGGCUGACAGAUAUCGUCCAUGUGGCAACUCAUGAAAUCGGCCAUGUCCUCGGACUCAUGCACUCUAUGGACCCUAAUGCUAUAAUGCACUUGAAUGCUACUCUGACAGGACGCAAGCGAAUCACGCAGGAUGAGGUCUGGGGCUUGCACCGUCUCUAUGGAUGUUUGGACCGGUUAUUUAUCUGUCCUGCUUGGGCUCGGAAAGGCUAUUGCGACAGCAAGCGCAGGCUGAUGCAGCGGCACUGCCCCUCCAGCUGUGACUUCUGUUACGAAUUCCCUUUCCCCACUGCAGCCCCCACGCCGACUCCACCAAGGACGAAACACAAGCUGGUCAUCGAGGGCAAGAAGCUAACUUUUCGCUGUGGGAAGAAAAUCGCUUCAAAGAAAGGCAACGUAUACUGGUACAAAGAUGGGGAGCUGCUGGAGCACUCUCACCCAAACUACAUCUCCUUGAAAGAAGACCAUAUCACCAUAGUGGCCAAUGCCAUCAACGAAGGCACGUACACUUGCAUUGUGAAGAAAAAGGACAAAGUUCUUACAAACUACUCAUGGAAGGUGCGUGUGCGCUUCUGAUGGUCUCAUAAGCUGCAGAGCACGCAGGACUUUAGGGCACAUAUUUCAAUUAAAAAGAAAUCUUGUAUCAUCCAUAAAGAUUGUCUGCUUUUAAUUUCGUAAAUCAAUUUUUGUACAUGCCAACAAUAAACGUUUUAUACUAUCCAACAGUGAAAAG